AUGAAUCGGGACAAUCCUGUGGUGGGCAAAUUGAGGCCCUGGGACUACACAUCGGUCUCAUCCAGAGGGCAGUUCAGAAAGUCUGCGAUCCGACCCCCACGUAGUGUUAUCAACACAAAGAGCAGCUACUGGAUAGAAUCCAAUACAACUCCUGAUGGGGAGACAAAUCAGAACUACUGUUCUGACUUUGGAAAAGAUUCCAUCUCCCGAGUGGCCAGACAAGAGGUUAUAUAUAUAUUUCUGUAUUUCCUCUUUGUUCCCCUUAAAACUGAGAUACUAGUGCAUGUUGCUUUAAUACUUGUAAAGGUUUUUAUCUUGGUGUUUGCAGUAAAACUGGUAAGUUUCCAUAAGCGCAAAUGUGAAAAAGUAAAAUCAAAUUGUUCAAAACUAAUUGGAAGUGUUUCUCUUCAGAGGAUAAUUGACGCCCUAGAAGAAGAAAAACAGUUCCUGACUCUGUCAAUCAUGGAUUACCUAAAGGACUACAAUGAACUAAUGCAGGUGAAAGCGGGACUCAGCCUUGAAGUUGCAACUUACAGAGCUUUAUUAGAAGGGGAGAACAGCCAAUGGAUUAUUACAUGGAUUGAUCAGCAGGGGAGAGAAAUACCACAAGGUAUAAGAAACGUACCUUAUGAUUACACAAAUAGUUACUCAGCAUACCGAGAAGAAAAUAAAAAGAAAAGCUUUCCGAUUAUCAAGCGUGCUGACACUAGACAUAAAACACCAGUAACAAAUAUUCGCAGUUCUGCAUUUGAUUCAACUCAGACAAUGCGUGGUGGACCAUGGACAACAGAUAAUGGAAAAGUUUUAAGAAAAGAGAUUCUUAUUUCAGAAUAUCGUCCUUCAGCCACUAUUGAAAAGGAUGCCAAUUAUGAAAGAACUAUGAAGGGUCACAGAGAGUUCAAAACCUUUACCCCAACAUACGGUGUUUGGGGAGACACUGAAAUUCAUCGAAACACAUUUCCUGAAAGAAAGAGGACAGAAGUUACAACUACUUCAGCAGUUUCUUUUUCAAAAGAUUUGACAAGUGUUCAAAAUUCAAACAAGGACCAGAAAGUAGACACAAGAUCAGGUGUUUCUGAAGGUACAAGAAUAAAACCAGAUAAUUUUGCUAAAUUUCCAUCUUACGGGUUGAAUUCCAAUUUUAAACAAACCAAAUAUGAACAGAUCUUAGAUGACACUCAUGGUUUGUUGAAAGAAAAAACAAAAGGGGAUGAACAAGUUAAAGAGGGGAAACGUGGCUUGUUAGAAGAAAAAGAUAAGGAAUCAGUCAGUGAGGAAAGAAAAAGGGGAAUGGAUGAAAAACCCACAGCAGCAGAAAGAAGUGCAAUUUUUGGAAGGAAGAUUGAGGUUACACCAGAGCAGAAAACGCACAUAAUGGAGGAUGUGAUUAUUAAUGAUAACAAGAUUUUUUCAGGAGUCAGGAAUAAGGAAGAUAACAUUGCCAAAGAAGAAACAAAUGUUACAUGGGAAGAACAAACCAGAGUACAUGAAUCAACCACAGACGGAGAAUUUUUUCUCCCUGAUGCUAAGAUUAAAGAAGAUGAAGUAACCAAAAGGAGUACAAAUGUGUUCGUGGAAUCAAGAAGCAAAGAACCUGUUGAGAUACCCAUCAGGGUUGAAAUGUAUACUCCAGACAAAAUAUUGCAGAACAGUAACACAGAAAUAAAAUUUCAAGGCUUUAAAACGUCUGUAGGAAAAGAGACAAUUAAACCCAGUGAGAUUCUCAAUGUGAAUGUUUCAGAAAAAGAACCCAAUCUGGAAGAUGAACAUGGAAUUAGUGACAAAAGUAGCCCUAAAAUGAGUUCUUUGUCAACUGAAAACAUAGCAGAAACUAUUGUCGCAGAUAUUCUUAAAAGUUUUGUUCAGUCUUCUGGUUCAGAAACAACGCCGCAUGCAAAAAUAAGCUACCUUGAAAGGAAAAAAUAUGAUGAUGAGAGAGAGGGGACUGAGAUCACAGUACAAUCUCAAGUUCAUGAAGACAUAGACGUUUCAGAUGAAGUUGAUCUAGGAAAUCUGUUAAACAAGGAUGGCAAAGGGGUGCUGGAAGGUGCGGAGGGAAUUCCAUCCAAAGAUGUUAUAGAAGACAUAAUAAAUGAGGGCCUGAAGGGAAGAGACCGUAUAGGCAAAGUGUCUGUCAAGGUUGAGAUUGUUGAGGAACCACUAGAAUCUGCAGCUGAUGAAAGGAGUGAGUUUUCAACACCAUUUGAAGUAGAGGAAGUAGAAGAGACAUCACCUGGUAUGAAGGGGCAUUAUGGUGAUGAGCAAGAGCAGAACACUACAACUUCAGCUGAAGAUUUUAAAAAGAAAAAACAACCCAGCGAGAGCCUUACCCACGUGGAAGAAGUAAUGGAGGCAGAUGACUCAGUUGAUGAACAAAGAUAUUUUGUAUCUACUCCAGAUGAUUACCCUUUUGCUCAUGGAAAAGAGAAUGACUCAGUGUAUGGGCAAAUUUACAUAGAAGAAGAAUCAACUAUUAAAUAUUCUUGGCAAGAUGAAUUUUUGCAGGGCACGCAAAGAAGAAAAGAUGAUGGCAUUAUCUCACCAGAACAAACAUAUCAAGUGGUGGGAGAGGAAGCAAGCACCUGUGUUGUAAAUGAGGAACAUCCAAAAGGUGAAGCAUCACAUGCAGAAUCCAUUGUUAUUGAAAAAGAGAUUAAAAUACCACAUGAAUUUCAAACCUCUAUAAAGGGGCUUUUAUUGAAGGAAACCAAGGACCCAAAACAACAGUUGAAAGAUGCAUUGGGACAACUAGAGGGGAGUCUUCCAGAAAGUGUGAAAGAAGAACUAGCUGCGCUAACGAAAGAAGAUCAUGCUGACUCCAGUAGCGUGGCAGUUGACAUAAAAAAAGUUGACCAAGUGAGUGAAGAUGGUUUGGUGACAAUUGUGGCUGAGGUCAAUCUGACCCAAACCCUUGAUGCGGAUCAGUUUGAUAUUGCACAGCUUGGUGGAGUCAUCAGAAGUGAGACUGAGAGCGUGUCCCUGAAGUCCCCAAAACAAGAGGGCUUUGAACGUAAUGAACCUGAGUUGGAAAGUCAGACUGAUGGUAAAAGCCGCAUAGAAAUAGACAUUUCUUCAUCCAGUAAUAAAUCCGCUCCUUGGGCUAGCAGAGGGGUUUACAGCUCAUCCAGGGUGAGAAGUAAUGAUGGCAUGGAAUAUCAUUCCACUGAAGAAGUUAUUUGUGAAGGGCCGGUUUCAGAAGCUGUGGAGUUUGGUAAAGGAGAAGAAGUCUCUCAGACACAGGAAUCAACUGAUAUUAAUCAAUCUAUAAGACAUAUUAAAAUAGGUCCAACAGAAAUUCGGAGAACUGAGCACAUCAUAUAUGAAGGGCCCAUUUCUGAACCUCUGGAACUUGAUGGUAGGGGAGAUCUUGUUCAGACAGAAAGGUCAUCAGAUAUUGAGAGGUCUGUGAAGCAUUUUAAACUGGGUCCUCAGGAAAUUCAGAUGACUGAAGAAAUCAUUUAUAAAGGGCCUGUUACUAAAACUAUAAAGGUAGAUGAACCGGAAAUCCUUACUAAGCCACCAUUAGAAACUGAUAAUAAUCGGUCCAUGAGGCAUAUCACAUUAGGUUCACAGCAGAUUACUGAAGAUCUCAUUUUCCAAAGGCCCAUUUCAGACUCCUUAGAGCUGAGUAGCUCAGGAGAUUUCUCUCACAUAGAAGAGUCAAUGGAUACUAACAGAUCAGUAAGGCACAUUAGAGUGAGUCCAAAAGAAAUUCACACAGAACAAGUAAUAUUUGAAGGGCCCAUUUCUGGAAAUGUGGAGCUCAGUGGCACAGGAGAACUCUCUCAGACAGGAAGUUCAAUAAGGCACAUUAAAUUAGGACAAAAAGAGAUGCAUUCAGCUGAUAAAAUCGCACAUGAAGGGCCUCUUUCUGAAACAGCAGAGUUUGGGAGUGUGGGAGACCGCUCUCACCUGGAGCAUAGGUCAGAUACAAAUGCAUCUAUCAUGCAUAUUAAAUUAGGUCCCAAGGAAUUUAUGACAACUGAGCAAAUUAUCUACCAGGGGCCAAUUUCUGAACAUCUGGAAUUCAGUGAAUCGGGAGACAGCUUUCAUUCAGAAGGGUCAAUAAAACACAUUACGUUAGGUCAGAAGGAAAUUAAAACUACUGAACAAGUCAUAUAUCAAGGCUCCAUUUCUGAAUUUCCAGAGAUCAGUAGUGCAGGAGUAAGCCUUUCUGAGACUGAAGGAAACUCAGAUCCUAAUAGAUCCAUCAGGCUCAUAAAAGUGAGUCCCACAGAAACUCAUACAGAACAAAUCAUCUUCAAAGGGCCCAUUUCUGAAACCAGCGACGAUCGCUUUCAGACAGAAGAGUCAUCGGAGAGUGGUCGAUCUAUAGGGCAUAUUAAAUUAGGACCCAAGGAGACAUCUUUUACUUUUCAAAUGGAUGUAACUAAUGUGGCAGGAGUACCUGUUGUGGAAGGGAGAACACAGGAAGCUAGAAUCACAGUAUCAAACUGGAAGGAGCCUGAUGUCAGACACUCUCAGGUUGUAGUUGAAAGUGACCAGAAGGACACUGAUAGCGAAAGUACCAAAGAAGUCCGUGUUUUUCCUGAUUCUUCUCAGGCUUAUGGUGAACCAGUAACAGAGAAGUCAGUAUUUGAAAAAUGUGUACAGCUGCAAAGAAUGGUAGACCAAAGGUCAAUGAUUUCUGAUGAAAAGAAAAUAGCCCUUGUGUAUUUAGACAAAGAAGAAGAGAGGGAAGAAGAUAAUGAUGGACACUGGUUCUGAAAGGACAGUUUAAUAUAACUUGUUCAUCAUAGAAAUUUUUGAUUUUUUUUUUAAAGGAACUGUCCCACUACUACAUCAACAUUGGAUUGACACACAUUAAAUUUCUAAGCCUCAAUAUAUCCAACAUCCUUUUGCAAAUUAGGGAGGGCUCCCUCUAUUGCCAGUUCUUUUCUCACUGAUGUCUUUCCAGUGGCUUCAAAUUUCUUCAAUUUCCAGGAUAGGAGCUUUCUACUGAGGAUUUUUCCAGAUCUUAGAUAUAUCUGGAAAAAUAUAUUAAGCUAAUCCACAAGUGAGAGUCUGAGCUGGAUUUUAUCAACUUUAGAACACUGUGUUGUACUGGGAUACUUUAAAAACUAAAAAGAAAUGCUGAAUUCUUUAAGUGUUAACCACAGGCAGUUGGAAGAAUAUUAGAGUAAGGCAUGCAGGCAGUUGAUGUUAAGUUCCAUUUCCAUGUGCAAUAAAUAAUAGUAAAAUGUGAGGAAAAAUGAAAUAAUUGCAUCUACAAAGUAAAACCAUGCAAAGCAAACCAUGCAUGCCAAAAAUUAUGGUAAAAACUUUGUCACCUUUCUAGUUAGAACCAAAUACAGAGAAGGCAAGAAGUAAAACUAUAUCUCAGUCAUGUUGUUUUCAGGAACAUAUUUAGUUUGCCUUUAUAAAGUGCAAUGUGUUUAAUAUUUUUAAAGAGAAUCAGUAAGACAAUGGAUAAAAACCAUAGGCUGAAUCUUAGUUACGUUAAAGUCGGUGAUAAAAUCCCUCUAACUUCUUUGAUUCUACAUAAUCACAUAUGAAAUGACUGCUCUCAAUAUAUAGUACUGUUCUGAUAUUGGGUAUUGCAAGUGCCUAAGGAGAGUGGGAUGGCACAUAUCAUACAGUUUAAUGCCUUGGAACAACAGGAUUAGCUCAAGUGUGGUGCUUUGACUAGUGACUGAAAAAAUGGCAUGUUCAUUGGGUCUUCAUUUCCACAUCAACAUUCUCUAUUUAAAAACAAAAAGAUUCCUCCUCCUUCUCCUCCCCCAACUGAAUAUUCAACCUAGGAUCUGAAAGUCACCCAUCUGGGUUCUUUCUGGCUUCUUGCCAUCACCAGUAAUGGAUUUUCUCCAGCCACUCUCUACCUUCAGAUACAGUACUUGAAAUGCCAUUGUUUUUAUUGGGUUUACUCACUUGUGUCACUGAGGAGCAUAAUUCAGUCCUGUAAUUAGAACUGAGUUAAUUCUUUUGGUGCCCACUCAAUAAUAGAAUCCAUCUAAUUUUUCAGUGGCUGUACUAGUUCUGCGGUGCUAAUGGGUGCAGAAAGAGUAACAAAGAAACUGAACUGUUGACACUAAAAUAAGAAGCUAUACCUUGGGGUAUACCUACUCAGCAAAAGCUGUGCAAGAGGUAGUCUGUUUGAGCUAGCUUGAAUCCUGUUAGCAUAUUCACACAACCAUAGCACCGAAGACUCAAUGUGGACACGCAAACUGAAUACCUACCCUCUGCUGGGUUUGAACGCUUUGUGCUGAAGCCUGUGCUUCGCUCUCUUCUCUGCUAUUGCUAUUUGUACUAGCUGGAUUCAAGCUAGCUUGGUUGGCUAGCCCAUGCACAGCUUUUGUUGUAGACACAUCUCUGAAUAUACACAGUGAAUUAGAUAUACAGAGUAAGAAGCUAACGUGUUAAUAUGCUCUGAAAGUAGAAUGGCAAGUUAAACCCGACAGCCAUAUUGUUCCAGACUAUUAGCCUUUAACUUUGAAUUCCUUGCUUGUGGUUUGGUUUUGGUCACAAGCAUUAUGUUACUUUAAACAUAGGUUGUGUGCGUUUAACUCAAAUUACAGUCCAACUAUAUUCUUAUUGUGGCGUGGCUCUCAUUAACUUCUCACUUUCUUUAGUAUCAUUAGAAGCUAGAUUUGAUAAAACUGACUACUACAGAUUGAAGCUCUCCAGUCUGGCACCCUUGGGACCUGACAAGGGUCAAACCAGAGAAUUUGCCAGACUAUGGGAGAUCACUAUUGUUUAGUACCAUGACCAACACUUUCACUGCUUACUGGGCUCUUAGAAGACAUUUAAGAUUAAAUUAGAGCUAAAUAACAUCACUGAACACUGAGUGCCAGGAUUGAGGGAUGUAAACAAACAUUAUGGGACUCUGGAAAAUUUGGCCACACCCAUGAUAAGUGGACAAGCUGGCUAACUAAAAUCAGGCUGGACUACGGAUGUUGCUGGAUCAGAGAGUGCCAGUCUAAAGAGGUUCAACCUGUACUCUGUAUUGCUGACUUAAACAUGAAGUGGAGAUAGAUUGUAGUUCAACAUCUUAGUUUACUUUUGAUAUAAGACAAACCAGUAUAUUAGAGUCUGCCUUUAUUGACGAGAUUGAGACUAUACCAGUAUCUUUAAGUCAUUAUCAGCAUUUCAAGGUUUAUGUAUAGGACCUUGUCUGCACUGCCAAAUUUUAUAUCCGUUUCCAACACUGGUGCAGUUAGAAUGGUGAAAAUGGAGCAUCUUCAGCACUGUAUCCUGAAAUUGUUCUCUUAGCUGGAAAGAGAGGGAGCAGUGGCCCUUGUGCUGGAAACAAAUCCGAAGUUUAGUGCAGAUGCAUCUGAAGUGUGCAUGCUACAUUUAUUUCAUAUUCUUAAUCACAACAGAUAUUUGUCAGAAUUAUUCUCAUAUGCUCCUGUAGCACAUACUUUUGCUAUCAUUUAUAGAGAAGCGGCUCAUGAAUUAUUAUAACUCCAAGAACAGCUAAAAAUUCGAUUUAGUCCAUUCCUUCUGGAACUGGCUUAAAAAAAAUCUAACAAUACUGUAUUUUUAGAUUUUAAAUAAUUCCUAUAUGGGAAUUAGGCAAAAAUAUUCAAAUGUGAUUGCUUUAGACAUACAUGUAAUUUCAUAUUUGGGUAGAAUUUUAUUAAAAUAUUAACUUAAAUACAAAUUAGGAAUCUAAUUUUAGGCGCACAGGUUUGAAAAGUAUUGGCUUUAGUUUUCUGUAAAUUUGGUUUGAAGUUGAAACUUUGAAAAGCUUUCUUAAAAUAGACAUAAGGAUAGCUGCAGAAUAUGUGUUCUCCUGCCACAAAUAGAAGGGCCAAUAAUAUCAACUCCAUUUAUUGAUGCCUCAUGGAAAAUUUUGAGAUCUGUUCUCUUCAGAAACAAUUCUACUGACUUUAGAUUGUAUUUAGCUUCUGAUUUUCAGAAAACUAGGAUAUCAUGUAAGGAAAAAAAUAGCAAGAAGUAAAUGAAUCAUGAAUUACUGUUUUAACAGCUGUUCAUAACAUUGAAGGAGAAGAAAAGAGAGACCAUAUUGGUAUUGUUUCUAAAUAAGAUGUUUCCAUGGAGGCACCAACUGUUUAAUGUUGUUUAAUAGCAUUAAGUUACUAAGUGUAGUAGGUUAUAUUGAAACUUAUGUUGUUAUGGAGUUCCAUUUGUUGCUUGGAGAAAACAAGUUUCUUCCAUGAAUUUAAGUGCUUUAAUUCUAGAUUGAAUCAGAAUUUUAAUCUUCUGCUUGAAGAGUUUGGGUUUGUCACAACACAUUGGAAAAGAGCAGUAAUUUGAUGUAAAAAAAUCUAUUCCAAUGGAUGAGUUCCCUGAAGCUAUGAAAACUAGAAGGUUUAAUGAAGAAAGGAGGAUGUAAGCCUUGAAGAAGACUUUGUUGUAAGCAGCAUUUUUCAAUUUGAAUUAACACAAGCCUUAUGCCAUUACCUUCAGUGUUAUUGAAAACUGGGAAAGAACCACAGACUUUUUUUUUUUUUUUUUUUUUGGCAUGACAGCCGUCAUUGGGAAAUGACUCUUCCAGGCAAUGAAGAAGUAGUGACUUGGGCCCUGAUAUUCCAAUUUGAGCUGCGCAGAUGCUACUCCCAUCUUGAUGUGUUAGCACAGUGGUUUUCAAUCUGUGGUCUA